CAAACGUACGUCGUUCGGUGUAGUGACUGGCGUUGACUUUGGCGCCAGUAAAAAAAAAUUAAAUUAAUUCAAUCAAUACAAUGCGCGUGCAUUUUUAGUUCUACAUUAAUUGAUUUUAUGUAUUUUUAUUGUUAUUUAAAUAUUUAAAUACGAUGUCGGAAGGAGAUCGAGAUUUUAAUUCAAAAUUAAUAGAAUCAAUCGAAGGAUACGACUGUUUGUACGAUUCCAAAAAAACAAGGGUUACAGCGACAGAGAUAAGGUCCGACUUGCCUGGGAAAAUGUUUCGGAGGAGGUAGGAACGAACAGGUUAGUAAACAACUUUGAAAUAUCGUCGAUAUAUAUUUGUCGAUAUUAACGAUUGCGAUGGUUUUCAGUCAUAUACUUAAUUUAUUAUGUAUAUACCAGUAUAAGUAUUCGUCUGAUGACAUUGUCGAAACUAUACAUUUUUUUUGUUUCGCCGGUGUACGCAAAUAUGAAAUUAAUUUCAUGAAAUUGGUUUUUUAAACUAAUUUCUUCAGUGUGCAGUCUGCCUGUAGUCUACAAUAUUCGAGACUCUAGUUUACAUUGAUAUACUGUAUGAUGUCUUUAAGUACUCACAGCCAUUAUAAUUUACUAAUCGAGGUGGAUACAACCACCUCGAUACUAAUCUAUGCUUACAGCUCGUAGCACGAUGUAGAUGAAAUAAACAUAAAAAAUAUAAAAAUAUUCGGUGACGGGUCACAUAAUGAAGUAGAAAGAUCCAUAACACACGAGAACGUAUAACGCACGAUUAGCGUGACGUCAUAAACUCAUGAUCAGAUAAACGCUUUUUUUUUUACGUUGGUGAGAACACGGUCCUAAAUCGAGAUCGGCCCUCCCCUAUAAAUUAAUGCGUGUAGGUAUAUUUUGUUUCAGUACAUUUGCUAUAUAUUAUCUAAUUUAUAAAUAUCUCGUGUCACGGUGUUUGUGGUCGCACUCCUCCGAAACGGCUCGACCGAUUUGAAUGAAUUUUUUUUUUCUGUAUAUUUGGUAGGUAUGAGAAAAGAUCGUAAAGUAUUUUUCACCAUCCUGUCAAUUUUUUCGAUCGCGAUUUUAGUAUUUUUGUAAGAAGUCAUGCGGUACGGAGACUGUGGUAAUUCGGACGACCGGUCCCCUCGGCGUGUGAUUAGGCUUUCAGUCCCACGGCCCGUUGGCUGUUAAUGUCGCUCAGAGCCGCUCAGCCGCAGCAACGCAUGGCCCCGGGACAGCCGUUUAUUAUGAAAAAUCAAAAUGUAUAAUGUAUAAUUAUAUAUUAUAACUCAAGAGUAAUAGUAUAGACAACCGCAACCGUUCAUGUUCAUUGUGAACCUUUUGAGAUUGUAUGUGCGUUUCUUUUUUCGGGGCGUAAUAAAAUGAAACAAUUACGAAAAAAAAAAAAGAAAAUAAAACAUAAAUCUUUCCAGUGGCGUAUUUGAGGGGGCAAUCGUCCCCCCCCUCCCUCCAUUAAAUAAUAUGUGUAGGCAUCUGUUAUAUACAUUUGCUGUAUUAUAAUAUUAUAGUAUAAUAUAAUAUAAUAAUUUAAUCAAAACAACCUCAGAAUCGCCUUUGAAAUUGAAUGUUUACCAUCAUUUCUACUAGAACAGUGUUAUCGGAUACAAAAAUAAAAAUAAAAACACUCCAUGGUAAAAUCAAUAGGGUGGAAUAUCAGCGCGUGUGUAAUAAUUUUAGUGUCACCCCCUCCCUCUUUCCUCUCCCAUAAAAUCUAAUCAAAUACGCCCUUGAUUCGUUCAACACCUACCUACCUAUAAGGUAGCUGUGUAUCAUAAAGGUAAAAUGAAAGUCAUUAUUUUCUAAUAUAGAAAAUAUCAAUAAAAUUGUCAAGCCAAUAACGCUUCAGAAUAUUUAAACUUAAGUAUCUCGAUUACAUAAUGUAACGUUAUGUUUUCCGUGAUUUCGUUUACAUAAUAUACUAAGUUUAUCUAAACACAAUAAAUUACAACGUUACUAAUUGUUAGUUAUAAUCAUAUUUAUCGGAAUUUUCAAGCAUAAGUAGAAGGGUAUUACCGCGGUGUAUACGUCCUACGUAUAUGUUCAAAUAACUAACAAUCUUGUACCGUUUAUAUUAAUAAAUCAGUUUACGAAUGAUAAUUCAGUUAUUCCUUUAUCAAUAUCACUAUAGUUCUUUGUACCUACCGUUUAAUUUCAUUAUAAUAAUUCACAUUUUAGAUUCUGAGUGGAACGAAAAAGUUUAUGGUUUUAUAAAGAUGUUUAUUUAUUUAUAUUUGUUUUUUAUAUGUAUGCAACUUUUUUACCAGAAGACUUGCUCGGAUUUCUACGUGUAACACCUUUUCUGAAAGUAAAUCGACGUGAAAGAUACUUUAGGACUAUAAGGAGGUUAUUUUUCGAUUUUCUCAAGAGUUUUCUCAUCAAAUGCGAAAACUAGAAAAAAAAAAACGUGAAAAUUUACGAAUUAUAACAAAUAUAAUCUUACGAACUUUUUUUGCUGUGAGCAACUUAUCAAACAGUAAUUUUGCUCUAACUUUUAAUGAUAGCAAUGUUUCUGAAAGGAAAUUUCACUAGGGAGGUACUUUUAAGAGGCCAUUUUUUAAUUUUCCAAGAAUUUCCCCAGCAAAUGUGAAAAACUGGGAUAAACAUGGACAAAAUGAGAAAAACAUAGGAAAAUUGGAAAAAUUGUUACAUAAUUAAAUACAUUUAUACGAAUAUCACCGAAGCUCAAAAUUUGGAAUUGAUUUGUCUAUUGUUUCUAAAGAGCGAACUAAUAAUUGGUUGGCUGAUAAUAUUUUUUUAAAAUUGCUGUCUUGACAAUGUAAGCCGCAAUAAUUAACAAAAUAUAAUAUUACAGGUUACAAUACAAUAAAGUAAUAAGUAUUUCUGUUAUAAAGUUAUUUAUUUUUUUUUAACUAUUAAUUUGUAUUUUGAUUUUGCAUUGAAAAAAAAAGUACCUAACGAGAAGAUUAUGGAUAAUAAUAACUGGGCUUAUAAUGAUAAGUGUAUUGUUCGCAAUUACGAAAAGUUGAUAACCGAGUAUAAUAUUUUGCUCGACAAGAGUAAUCGUUUAAAAUGCGAAAAUAAAUGUUUGAAAAAUGUAAAUGAACAUAAUUCAACAAAGAUACGACAAAUGAAUGCAUCGUAUGUACAAAUCCAAAUGCAAAAUACGUUUAUAUAUUUUAAUAUCGUAUAUUAAUAUUUAAUACUUCUAUAAAUCUCGUGUACAGUCAAUUACAUCAAAUCCAAAGUUAUAUCGUCAAGGAAGACUAUUAUUUAAAGCAAAUCGACUCGCUGAAAAAACCAUUAAGCUCCGAUAAUGUUUAUGAAGUGACUACUCCGGUCGUACAAGAAGCACCUUUGGAGGUAAAAUAUACAAUAUAAGUUUAUCUAGGCUUUUCAAUUAUUAACAUUUAUAAGGAUUCUUAAUGUUAUUGGUUGUUAAACGUUAAAUAUUUCAUUAUUCUUUGCUAUCUAAUCUAUUAUACAUAAACGUAUAACAUAACGUAUCAAAUAUAAUACAUAGCCCAUAGUAUAUAUUAUUAUAUUAUCUAUAUUAUAUUAGUUGAUGUACUUUAGUUUAUAAAUUGUGAACAAAUUGUGAAUAUUAUUAUCAUAAUAAUUUAAAUUUGUAUUUGCUGGUCACUUGUUAAGACAGAUGUGUAACUUUCUGUUUUUUUUCGUACAAGAACCAAAUACGUACCUAUUAUAAAUUAUUUACAUUCAUUUUUGGAUCAUCAAUUGAAAUGUAUCUAUAUAAAUUAACGUAUUUUUAAACCAUAUACAUAAAUGUAUUAAUAACAAAAUAAUGUUUAUUAAAGUUUAUCGUCAAAGAAAGUUUCCAAUUUGCUAUUCGGGUUUUCAAAAGAAAUUUGCGGCAGAACUAUGGAAAAUAAUUUUAAAAUGCUACAAAAAUUGCAGAAGAGUUACAAAUAUCGACAACUAGGAAUAAAAAACAAAACAAAACAAAAAUAUUAGAACUUUAUGAAACAAAUAAUGAUGUGAUAAACAAAAUUUCCGAAUAACCAUUAUAGAUUCAGUAGGUAUUCCUCUUACUCAAAUGACAUGGCGGUAUGAACAAAUUAUGAAAAUAUCAAAUAAUUUAGAAUUUCGUUCCGUUCAUUAGAUAAUAUAAAUUCAAAUGAUUUGCAAAAAGCAGCUAUUGAUCUAGGAAUAAAAUGUAAUCAUGAUAUAAAUACUGUGGAUAUAUUUGAAGAAAUUAAAGAUUUUGAACGAUUCAUAUUGUCAAAUAUUGAAUCAGUAAUGUUUUUGGAUUUAUUACAAAUGAUUCAUGAUUAUAAAGUUAAAGAAUCGUAUCAAAUAUUGAAAUUUCUAUAAGGAUUUUUCUCUUAAUGCUCGUCACAAUAGUUUAAUGUGAAAGAAGUUUCAGCAAACUUAAAUUGAUAAAAACUUACUAAAGAUCUACAAUGGUUCAAGAGAGAUUAUUAAGAAUGAUGAUACAUUAAAUAGAAACAAAAUUAGAAAUAAAAUUGGAUUAUGACGAAGUUAUUUACAAAUUUGCUAAUACAAAAGCAUGGAAAAUUCGGUUAUAAAUAAUAAUUAUUUUAAAUAUUUUUUUUUAUUAUUAUUAAUAAUAUAUUACCUAUAUUGAAAUAUCCAAUAAUUUGUGAUUGUAAAUUUUAAAUUGAUUUGUUUCAUAUAAUAUAAUAAUAUAUUAGUUAUAAUAUAAGAAUUGUUUAACUUAAGUAGAUAUAAAAGAAAAAUUUAUAUUUUUAUAGAAAAAACAUAUACACAUAUACUAUAUAUGUAUAUUAGAUUAUGUUAAGAACCAAUCUCAAAAAAAGGGGGAAAGUUGAGAAUUAUAUAUUUGUAGCUAAAAAUAGUAUUUCUUAUUUUUGUCGAAACUUAAUUACUAAUUUUCAGAUUUUUUUGACUUAUAAACAAUUAUUAAAAACUGUGAGUGCGGCACACCUUCCUCCUCCAAUCCACACCAAUCCCCAUCUUACAUUCCCGAUGCCUCCCUCACAGGAUAGUUUUGGUUAUGUUAGUUAAAAUGAUUAAGGGCGCAUUACUAGAGCUUUGCUACAGGAUUAUAAAUGGCUCGGUAUAGCUCUGAUAUAUAUUAUACAGGAUGUUCCACGAAGAUCUACCCGUUACAAUUACUCCUCCUGAAAUAGUAAAAUAAUAAACAAAUUAGGUUUUUUUGUUAUAUAAACUCGCUAUAAGGUAAGGACCAAAAAUAUUUAUAUUUGAACACAGUUUGUAUGUUUUGGUAAAAACUAAAAAAAUAACUUUAUUCUAUUAUUUUCGACAAAUUUGAAGGCAAGCAUUUUAUAGAGUUUAUUAUUUUGAACAUUUUUACGUUUUAACUUAUUAUUUUCAUUUAAUUCGUGAUUUUUAAUAAUUUUUUAUAGUUCAGAGAAAAGUACUUAUAAUUAUGCAGCAAGCUGUUAUCACAUUCGCUAAUUGGUUAUUAUUAUUACAGAUAAUUGACUGUAUACUUUAUUCUUUGAACUUUAUAUAAUUAAUAAAAAUCAUGAAUUUUAAUUUAAUGAAAAUAAAAAAUUGAUACGUCAAAACUUUCAAUAAAUUAAACUCUAUAAAAAAGCUUUAAAUUAAAAAAAAAAUAUAGUUAUUUUUUAUUUUUACCAAAACAAAAAAAUCAAUUGAAAUAUAAUUAUGUGUAGUCCUUAAAUCUGUGAGUAAUAUAUAAUAUAUAUAUAAAAAAAAACCGAAUUUGAUUUUCUUUAUUAUAUCCGGAUUAUAAUCGGUGUAUCUUCAAGGCACAUUCUGCAUAUAUAAAGACAGGUGUUUUAAAGUACCCGAAUAAAUAAAUUAGUAUUUAUUAGGGUUCUUUAGAACGACGCACAGACAGAUAAAUAUGUUAAUUUUUUCGACAAACGUGAAAGUGUCCUUUUUUAAAAAAAAAAAUAAUUCGGUUUUAAAAGCGUUAUUUUUUAAAAAUAAUGAGUUUAGUAUUUCACAACUCAUUAUAGACUCAACUUAUUUAAUAAAUAUGUAAACAAAAUAUUAGUUUAAUUUUUUUUUUUUUUUCAGAAACCUACAGAUACUGUCGACAUUAAUAUGACUGAAUUAGAACAAUUGCAUAAGCAAAUAUUUAAUAAUUCCGAAGUUAAUCAAUGGGCUGAAAACUGUAACAAACUGAAAACAGAAAUAUUAACUUGUAUAAAAGAAGAAAUAUUUGAUUUUGUUAUGCAUUUGAUUGGUCAACUUAAUAAAAAAGCCGAGAUAAUAAAUAAUAUCGUUGGUAGUACAGAAAAUAUUAGAUGCAAAUUAGUUGAUGUAACAAAUAAACCAAUAGAAAAUGAUAACAGGAUAAAGGAAAUAACAUCGGAAACAUGUGAAUUUAAGAAAGAAGAUGAAAAACCGCACGUCGAAAUAAUGGAAUGGGUUAAAAAUUGUAACAAAGAAUUAAGUUGUACAAGAAAAGAAGUUCAAGAAUUAAAAUCGCAAUUUAAUGAAAAAACGAUUUUAGUUGAUGAUCUCGAAAAAAGAAUAGCUAAAUCCAUAAUUAAAUACGGAGAGAUAAAUACUGAAUUGGAUACGGUUAUAGAUAAUAAUAAUUUGUUAACACUGAAAGUGAAGGACUACGAUAUAACUAUUCAGAAUAACGAUAUUUUAAUAAAACAUUUGAAAAAUGAUUUAAGUUCCGCCGAAGAAAUAUUGAAAAUUCAAGAUGCAGAGAUAUUUGAAAGAAAAAAAAAUAAAGCCCUGCAUGAUGCACAGUUAAAAAAGUACAAAGAUACAAUAUUGGACCUAGAGUUCGAAAUUAAAAACCACAAAGAGUUACAUAAUAAAUUGCAGAUAAAAUACGAUGAAUUACAAAACAAAAACGAGGACCUAAAUGUAAAAUGUUCUAAACAAAAUAAAAUAAUUGCGAAUCACGACAAUGUUACAAAUGAUUUAAAUGUAAAGAUAAUUUCCUUGGAAAAAACGUCCAGAGAUAAAGAUUCCAAGAUAGCUGAAAUAAUGCAUAAGGUUACUGAACGCGACAAUGAAUUAUGCGAAUGUGUAAAGCAGAAAAAUUGUUUACAAUCCGCAUUGACAAUGUUAACUAAAUCGCAUAGUAAAUUAACAACAGAGUUCAAUGAGCUAAACGAAAAACAUCAGAAACUAACAACACAAUUUAACGAACAAACUGAAACCAUCAAUAGUAACAAGCAUAAUGAAAAAUUGUGGCAAGAAGCAUUGAACUCUGUAAAUAAAAUUUCAAAGGAAAAAGACGCUGAUCUAGAAAGAUCAAAUCAGAGAAUUACUCAACUUACUCAAGAGUUAAUCGAUUUAAAAAUAAAAAAAAAUGUUCAUAGUUCGACUCAGUCGGAUAGUGAAUUAUUGCAAUUAUACAAUAUAGUAAAUUCAUCAAUUGAAUCUAAAGCAAACAGAGUUUCAAAUUUAACGCCCGACAAAGAAAAUAAAAAAGACAACAUAAAAAAUAAUCCAGUUGGAAAAGAUGCAGAAAGUAAUAUAUUGCAAGCAAAAGAAAAUCCAAUUAUAGAUACUGCAGAAAAAGAGAAAGAAAAGUCCGAAAAAAAUCCCGAGAAUCUACUAAAAGAAGAACGCAAACAGAGCAGGUUUUCAAUAUUAUUUAUAUUAUUAUCGUAACAUACGAUUAUUAGCGUUUAUAUAAUUAACGGGUGAACGUAAGUUCCCACAUGAGAUAUCGCAAGUAAAAAUCACCAAUAGGUUCUGACACAAAACAUAAUAAACCAGUACAUAAGUUUUCUACAAGAAUUACAAUUAUAACGAAUACAAAUAAAAAAUUUCCUUAGGGUCCAUGGUUGCUAGUUGCUAUAAUAACAAUAUUAUAAUUUAUGUGUGUGUAUACAGGCUGUCCCACGAAAAUAUACCCCUUUAAUAUCUCCGGAGAUAAUAAAGAUAACCAAAUUCUGUAUUUUUUUUUUUUUGUUGUUGAACAUUUUAAGAUAGCUAUUCUGUAAAGAUUAUUUUUCUGAAAAUUUUAAUGCAUCACACAUUUAUAUCCGAUGAAUAAUUUCUACAAUAGAAUACAUUUAGUCUGCCGAAAGCGGAAUAGGUACCCACUUUCCACCUAUUUGUUUUCAUUCAAUUCAGACACGGCCAAAACCAAAAAUGAAUAUGGGUAAAAUUAUAAUAAUACAAAUUGGCACGGGCAACGCCGGGCGUGAGACAGUUAGUAUGUACAAUAUAUUAGGUGUAUGUGUCUGGAAAUAAUAUAAUACAUAGAAAAUAGUGAGAGUUUAAGAUCUUUAUAAUUAUUUUUAUUUAUAUUAAUUACCAAAGAUUCCAUAGAUAAAUUUUGGCUGCCUUUUUAUUUUUUUUUCAAAUUUCAUUCGUGUUAUUAAGGUAAUCCAUAAAAAUAAAUAAUUUAAUAAUAAUUAAUAAUCGAAUGUUGGGGGAUGGUUUUCAAUAGAGGAUGGAUUUCAAUAGCUAUAAACCUUUCCCGCGUCAAAGCGGAUAAUUUUACGAUAAACAUCGUAAAAAUUGGUCCAGUAGUUUUUGAGAUUAUAUAUACACGUACUUUAACGUAAUAUCAUUAUUAUAUAACAAGAAGAGCAUGCGAGUCUUAUAUACUAUAAUUAAUAAUACAUUUAUUAUAAAUAAAACAUGAAGAAAUAUUGGGAAAAGUCACAUACUCGUAGGUACUAAUUUAUUUAUCGCAUUGAAAAAGUCACAGAGCAUUUUUCGAGG